CCAAUACCGACUCAGCGAGCCGCUACUCUCGCCCCCAGUAAUAGGCGGCGUCACACACGCUCAGUCUGUAGCCUUGGAACCUCAACGGCACUUUCUCUCCGACCGAAUAUCACAUCUCCGCAGUGAUGACGACCUCCGUGAGUCUCGGUACCGGCGCAUCGAUGCCCAUAGUGGGCCUGGGCACAUGGAGGGCGUCUGAAGGUCAGGUGGAGCAGGCGGUGCGGGCGGCCAUCUUGGCGGGGUACCGGCACAUUGACGGGGCGUUCGUCUACCAGAACGAGGCCGAGGUGGGGGCGGGGCUAAAGGCCAUGAUGCAGCAGGGCGUGGUCAAAAGGGAGGAGCUUUUCAUCGUCAGCAAGCUGUGGUGUACGUUCCACCAGCGGUCUCUAGUGAGGGGUGCGUGUGAGAAGACACUGCAGGACCUUCAGCUGGAUGCCCUUGACCUCUACCUCAUGCACUUCCCCAUCGGAUUCCAGCCUGGAGACAAUCUCUUUCCUCUGGGGACUGAUGACCAAGUCAUCGGAGAUGACAGCAACUUCCUGGACACAUGGGAGGCCAUGGAGGAGCUGGUGGACUGUGGCCUGGUUAAAGCCAUCGGCAUCUCCAACUUCAACCACCAGCAGAUCGAGACCAUCCUGAACAAGCCCGGACUCAAGUACAAACCUGCCAAUAACCAGAUCGAGUGCCAUCCGUACCUGACCCAGGACAAGCUGAUCAGCUACUGCCACUCAAAGGGCAUCAGCGUAACGGCCUACAGUCCUCUGGGCUCCCCAGACAGACCCUGGGCAAAAGCAGACGAGCCGUCGCUGCUGGAGGACCCCAAGAUUAACGCCAUCGCCCGCCAGCACAACAAGACUGCAGCACAGGUUCUGAUCCGGUUCCACAUCCAGAGGAAUGUGGCCGUCAUUCCCAAGUCCUCCAACCCACAGCGCAUCACAGAGAACUUCCAGGUGUUUGACUUUGAGCUCAGUCCAGAGGACAUGAAGACCAUCCUCAGCUUCAACAGGAACUUCAGGGGCUUCAAAAUGGAGUGGGCUUCACAGCACAAAGACUUUCCCCUGAAUGCAGAGUUCUGAGAAUCCACUCGUACUGGACCAGCAAGUGUGUGUGGUUGGAUGAGGGUGUGUGUGUGUAUGUGUGUGUCAGAUGAAGGAGACUUAAAGGAGAAUUCCGGUGUGAUAUUGACUUAAAGUGUGUUGAAACAUGAUACCGAGUGUGAGCGUUUGUCUGAGAGCUGAUCUCGACCUGCCCCCUGCACUCAGAAAUCUGCCGCUAGUUAGUCGAUGCUACUGUAAGGCCAGGUUUUUACAUUCCUUUGAGGUAGAUUAGAACUGAAUGCCUUUUGGUGCUAAUUUACAUCUAUGUGAGACUUUGAUAGCUCGCUAUUGUUUUAGCUGGCUGUGGCCGGCACCCCAUCAAGCAGCCAUCACCACUUCCUCCAUCUAUACAGUGAAAGUCAAAAUGACAACUUCUGAAAUACUUGUAAAAUGUAUGUUGUGAAUGUAAUACAUUCAUGUUUGGUCUUAAAUUAAUACUUGCAAUGUGGGCAACAGCCUGAUCAUGGUUCCAUUGCAAUCUAAUGUAUUUAUACAUAGUUGUAGAAUAAGAACUACACUGGGGAACUUUAGGUGAUUGACACACCCACACCACACCCACAUGGUCGGGGGUGACCUGCAUGAUGGUUAAAGGUUAAAGGUUAAAGGUUGAGAUGUUUCUCACCUCUGCCUCUUCUGAUUCUCUGCUACUCAUUCUUCCAUUCAUGCUCGGCUCUGGGCAAGGGGUCAUUCUGAUCUCUUGUCCCCUCUUUCUCUCUCUCUCUCCCCCUUUCCCUUUCUCUCUCUCUUUAUCUCUUUGUUUCCUUAUGGUUUGUUAUUUUCAUUAUUUGAUGCAUUGUCUUAUCUGGUGUAUUUAACAUUGUAACUUGGUAACUUGUUAAGGUUUAAGUUCAAGUUUACUGUUUGUUAUGAGGUUACGUUUACUUUCUCCUUUUGUUCCUUUGUUUAAGGAUAAUUAUAUAAUAACUGAUAUUACUUUACUCUUACAUUCAAAGGCUCAAUGCCUAAUAAAUGGAUAAUUUACCCGUCA